AUGAAGCUUAUUGUGCAGGAAACUCCAGAACCACCUGCUAAUGUUCAUGUAAAUAACUUCUCAAGCCGAUCAGUCUCUCUCAGUUGGGAGGAGCCAUAUAAUGGAAACAGCAUCAUUGGAGCUUACAUAGUACAGUAUAAGAACACAACAGUUCCUUGGCAUCAGAAUGUUGUCCAGGUUGUAGUUGGAGGAGAUCAGCUGAAUGUUACCAUCAAAGAUCUGAGACCUGCACAUGGUUAUCAGUUCCAAAUCAGAGCAGAAAAUUCUGUUGGUGUGUCCAAUGCAAGUGAAACAGUAACAGUCACUACAGUGGAAGAAAUACCAGAGGCACCACCAAGGGACAUCAAGGUUAAAGUGAAAGAUUCCAGAACACUUCUUGUGACCUGGAGGCCACCUGACAAAAACCUGCAGAAUGGAGACAUAUUGGGAUAUUACAUUGGGUAUAAGAUCAGUAACUCAUCAGAUCCGUUCCACUACAAAACUUUUGAAGUAAUUCCUGGAAUGGAACUACAAAAUACAUUGAAUGAAUUGGAGAAAUUUACAGAGUACAGCAUCUUAAUUCAAGCAUACAACAGAGCUGGUGCUGGCCCACGCAGUAAAGAAGUCACUGCUACAACAGAGGAAGAUGUGCCAGGAGCACCACCUACUGAUGUUAGGUGCACAGCAUUGUCUCCAGAGAGAAUUUUAGUACUGUGGUCAAGUCCUCCAGAAUCUGCUAUUAACGGAAUACUGAAGGGUUAUAAAGUACUCUACCGCUCACUGGCAGACUGGGAUGAUUUCUCACAUCCCAUGGAGCAAGUAACCAGAGACAAUAAAUUGGAGUUAACUAAUCUUGGUCAGUUUUGUAACUACAGUAUAGAAGUGUGUGCAUUUACCAACAAAGGUGAUGGUGUUAAAAGCCAGCCAAUAUUUUGUAGGACAUUGGAGGAUGUACCCAGUGAACCUGCAGACAUAAAGGCUCUUAUAAUGGAUUCAAGAACAGUUUUAGUCUCCUGGAGACCUCCACAAUACGCAAAUGGCAGAAUACAGAAGUACAAAGUAUAUGUGAGAUCACUGGAUGGAAUAGGUUUGGACAAGGACAACUUUGAAAUCCCUGCAGAACAGACAUUUUACACUAUCUCUCAUUUGGAGCUGCACCAUCGUUAUGAAUUCUGGGUGUCAGCAUUUACAGCAGUAGGAGAAGGUGCUGGAUCCAGACAUAUUGUGCAGGCUCCAGCAAGUCAUGUACCUGCACGAAUAGCAUCUUUCACACAACAGGUGAUAGCUGUACUUCAUGAAGACUUGCACCUCUCUUGCCACUCUGUUGGAGAACCUGCACCACUUCGCCUCUGGAGAAAGAAUGAAAAACCAGUACAAGACAGCAGUGUGAAAAUUAAUGACGAAUGGCAGCUUUACAUCAGUCCAGUUACAGCUUUACAUGCUGGGAAUUACACAUGCUCUGUGGAAAACAUAUUUGGGAAAGAUGAGAUUACAUAUUAUGUGACAGUUCAAGGAAACAGAAAUAAAGGAAUUCCUCCCACACCAAGUGAUCUACAAGUUACUUCCGCAAGCAUUUCAAGCAUUCUGCUUCAGUGGAACAUCUCUUUGGCAAUUAAUAACGUUAUUCAAGGAUUCUAUUUGCAUCUCAAAAGGGAAUUUGGAGAAUGGGAAAAAAUAGUAUUAACAGCAGAUGAUAUGAGUUAUUUAUUGAGUAAUCUUCAAUGUGGGACCAGAUACUAUUUGUAUUUGCAAACCUUCAACCAGCUGGGGCAAAGUUCACCUACACCCACAAUCGUGACACGCACUCAAGGCUCAGCUCCAGUGGCUCCAAGCAGUGCAGAUUUGAUAAAAGUAAACUCUACCUCAAUAUCUUUGAACUUGAGUUCUUGGAGUGAUGGUGGAUGUCCAAUAACAUCACUUGUUGUGGAGUAUAAACAAAAGAAAGCAAUAGCAUGGACACUUGUUUCAAAUAAUAUCAAAGUAGGUAAACCAGAAUUCUUGGUGCUGGACCUGGAUCCAGAAACCUGGUAUACAUUACGCAUUACAGCUCAUAAUAGUGCUGGUUCAACUGCAAAGGAAUACAACUUUGUAACACUUACACAUGGAGGAGCCACAAUUUCACCUGAUGCUGCAGAGCGUUCAAUAUCUGGGGGCAAAAUGUUCUAUAGUGAUCUUGGAAUUAUAGGACCAACAGCAUCAGCUGUUAUAGUUCUUCUAGCAGCUGCCACUGGCCUUUUAUUGUACCUCAGAAAAAAUCAAGAGAUGUUGUCGUCAAAACCAUUUGGAGAUAAGCCAUUGGAGAAGGACUUAAUGUCAGGAGCAGAUAAGAAGACUGUUGCACCCAUUUAUGACAGUGAUGAUGGUCUGGUGGCACUCAGUCCAACACCACAGGAGUCUGUGUACCUGCCUACACCAGUGAGAGUUUCACCUGCCCACAGGAAAGGCAUAAGCCCCUACGCAACAUUUCGAGUUCCUUUAGAAGUAUCAAUGAAAAAUGCUGAAAAUAUUGAGUCAUGUGUGUCAUCUGGACCUGUUCAGUACCAUGGGAACAUUAAGAUCUCAGAAAUGUUGGUAGAUCCCUUGCAACCUGGGGUCUGAGGGACUUGCACCUCUUUUCCAACUUUUCCUAAUUGCUCUUUUGGCCUUGACAAAGGAAGAUGGAAGUUACAAAAGCC